GGGGAUUGGGGCCGUGUUGGUAACGGUACCCGGGGAGUGAUUGCGGGUCGCCCCGGGCCGGACCUGGCGGGAGCUGCGGAUCCAAGGAUUCUGCAGCUACGAUGUUGUCGAGACUUUUCCGAAUGCAUGGCCUCUUUGUGGCCUCCCAUCCCUGGGAAGUCAUAGUGGGGACCGUGACACUGACCAUCUGUAUGAUGUCCAUGAACAUGUUCACUGGUAACAACAAAAUCUGUGGUUGGAAUUAUGAGUGUCCAAAAUUUGAAGAGGAUGUUUUGAGCAGUGACAUUAUAAUCCUAACGAUAACAAGAUGCAUAGCGAUCCUGUAUAUUUACUUCCAGUUCCAGAAUUUACGCCAACUUGGAUCAAAAUAUAUUUUAGGUAUUGCUGGCCUCUUCACAAUUUUUUCCAGUUUUGUAUUCAGUACAGUUGUCAUUCACUUUUUAGAUAAAGAACUUACAGGCUUGAAUGAAGCUUUGCCUUUUUUCCUACUUUUGAUUGAUCUUUCCAGAGCAAGUGCAUUAGCAAAGUUUGCUCUAAGUUCUAACUCACAGGAUGAAGUAAGGGAAAAUAUUGCUCGUGGAAUGGCAAUUUUGGGUCCCACAUUCACCCUUGAUGCUCUUGUCGAAUGUCUUGUGAUUGGUGUUGGUACCAUGUCAGGGGUGCGUCAACUAGAAAUAAUGUGUUGCUUUGGCUGCAUGUCAGUUCUUGCCAACUACUUCGUGUUCAUGACUUUUUUCCCAGCAUGUGUGUCAUUGGUAUUAGAGCUUUCUCGGGAAAGUCGUGAGGGUCGUCCAAUUUGGCAGCUCAGCCAUUUUGCCCGGGUUUUGGAAGAAGAAGAAAAUAAACCAAAUCCUGUAACCCAGAGGGUCAAAAUGAUUAUGUCUUUAGGCCUGGUUCUUGUUCAUGCUCAUAGUCGCUGGAUAGCUGAUCCUUCUCCUCAAAAUAGCACGGCAGAACACUCAAAGGUUUCUUUAGGACUGGAUGAAAAUGUGUCCAAGAGAAUUGAACCAAGUGUUUCCCUUUGGCAGUUUUACCUUUCCAAAAUGAUCAGCAUGGAUAUUGAACAAGUUAUUACCCUAAGUUUAGCUCUCCUUCUGGCUGUCAAAUACAUCUUCUUUGAACAAGCAGAAACAGAAUCUACACUCUCAUUAAAAAAUCCUAUCACAUCUCCUGUUGUGACCCCAAAGAAAGCCCAAGAGAACUGUUGUAGACGAGAGCCUCUGCUGGUCAGAAAUAACCAAAAAUUCCAGACUGUGGAGGAAGAGACUGGGAUAAGCCAAGAAAGAAAAGUUGAAGUGAUAAAACCUUUACUGGCUGAAACUGACACCUCAAACAGAGCUACAUUUGUGCUUGGUGGCUCCUCCUUACCCAGUACUCCAUCAAUAAUGGGGACACAGGAACCUGAGAUUGAACUUCCCAAGGAACCUCGAUCUAAUGAAGAAUGUCUGGAGAUACUUGGUAAUGCAGAGAAAGGUGCGAAAUUCCUUAGUGAUGCUGAGAUCAUACAAUUGGUCAAUGCUAAGCAUAUCCCAGCUUACAAAUUGGAAACUCUGAUGGAAACCCAUGAACGAGGUGUAUCUAUUCGCCGACAGUUACUUUCCAAAAAGCUUCCGGAGCCUUCUUCUCUCCAAUAUCUACCUUACAGAGAUUAUAAUUACUCCUUGGUGAUGGGAGCCUGUUGUGAGAAUGUUAUUGGGUAUAUGCCCAUCCCUGUUGGAGUAGCAGGCCCUCUGUGCUUAGAUGGAAAGGAGUUUCAGGUUCCAAUGGCAACAACAGAAGGUUGUCUUGUGGCCAGCACCAAUAGGGGCUGCAGAGCAAUAGGACUUGGUGGAGGUGCCAGCAGCCGAGUCCUUGGGGACGGGAUGACUCGAGGCCCGGUGGUGCGUCUUCCCCGGGCUUGUGACUCUGCAGAAGUGAAGGCCUGGCUUGAAACACCUGAAGGGUUUGCAAUGAUCAAGGAGGCCUUUGAUAGCACCAGCAGAUUUGCACGCCUACAGAAACUUCAUGUGAGUAUGGCUGGACGCAACCUUUAUAUACGUUUUCAGUCCAGGACAGGAGAUGCCAUGGGCAUGAACAUGAUUUCCAAGGGUACAGAGAAAGCACUUUCAAAACUUCAAGAGUAUUUCCCUGAAAUGCAAAUUCUAGCUGUUAGUGGGAACUACUGUACUGACAAGAAGCCUGCUGCUAUAAAUUGGAUUGAAGGAAGAGGAAAGACUGUAGUUUGUGAAGCUGUCAUUCCAGCCAAGGUUGUCAGAGAAGUGUUGAAGACAACCACAGAAGCUCUGAUUGAUGUAAAUAUUAACAAGAAUCUGGUGGGCUCUGCCAUGGCUGGAAGCAUAGGAGGCUACAACGCGCAUGCGGCAAACAUUGUCACUGCUAUCUACAUUGCCUGUGGACAGGACGCAGCACAGAAUGUUGGUAGUUCAAAUUGUAUUACCUUAAUGGAAGCAACUGGUCCCACAAAUGAAGACUUAUAUAUCAGUUGCACCAUGCCCUCAAUAGAAAUUGGAACUGUGGGCGGUGGGACCAACCUGCUACCUCAGCAAGCCUGUCUACAGAUGUUAGGUGUUCAAGGAGCAUGCCAAGACAAUCCUGGGGAAAAUGCCCGGCAGCUUGCCCGAAUUGUGUGUGGUACAGUGAUGGCUGGAGAGUUGUCACUUAUGGCAGCCUUAGCAGCAGGACACCUUGUCAGAAGUCACAUGAUUCACAACAGGUCAAAGAUAAAUUUACAAGCCCUUCAAGGAACUUGCACCAACAAGGCAGCGUGAAUUGCCUGACAGUUCUGAACUGCAACACGGGCAUUGGGUUCUAAAAGACUAACAUAAAAUCUGUGAAUUAAAACUGUCAAUGCAGUGUCUUGUGGAAGAUGGGUAGAUGUGAUCAGGGAGACAACUGCUUGCUAUGUAGCUCUUUCUUCAAGAGGUUCAAGGUCCUUCUGUGCAAACUCCUCAGAUGUGAAAACAGCGUAGCACUUUACAUGCUGUGCUCUUUGGGAAAAUCUCAACAUGGAUAUGCUUGAAUGCAUUACAGAUGAUUCCACCACUCAUUCUGGAAGGCAAUACAAGCUGGAGAAAGGUGUUUUUGUUUGAUGAAGUGAUGAUGUUCAUGGUGAUCUGUAUGAGAUUGCUCUUCCCCCCAACCUCAUGGGUUAAAAAUGGAUUUUUAAAUUAUAUGGUAGCUGAUAAACUUCUAAUUUUAUAGUUAAUUUAUUUAGUCUAGGUUGUAGAACUUAGUUAAGUUUAUUUUUUGUAAACUAAUGAUUCAUUUGGUGCUGGUAUUUUGAUUUUGGGGAAAUAACCAACAUUAUUCAGAAAGGGACCUGCUUCAGGGGAAAAACUUUUUCUCAAACGACAGAAAAAUGUGCUAAACAGUGCUAAAUAGUUCUUAAUCAGGGAAACAACUGCAUUUCUCUCUGUAGGCUAUUUGUUCCAAGAGGCCUCUUGUCAAAAUAUGUGUUUGCUGAGACCAGCUACAGUAUGUUUUUAGCAUUACGCUCGCAAAGUCUCAUGCUUGUCGAUGAAUACAUCACAGCUGUUAAUGUUAAUUAGCCGAGGGUGACUUGUCAAGUACAAGCAAGCCUCUGACCUUUUUCAGAAUUUAGAGUGUGGCAACACACUUUUGAAACGAACCCUAUCAUUUCUCUAAGCCAACUUUUAUUUCUUUAAAGACAUUUAUAUUGGUUUAGCUGAAAAAUCUAGGUUUUCUUUUUUCAUAAGCAACUAUCAAAUAUGUAUAUGUUGUAAUAAAGCUUCUUAAGCUAGUUUAUUGAAAGUGUUUAAGAAAUAAAAGAAAAAUCAACUUGUAUACUGAAACACUCUAGCUUGGGCUGAGAUGAAGGUGUUUAAUGUCCAGGAAACCUUGGCUUGCUUGUCAAGUCUAAUGAAGGGAAAGCUAGUUUGCAGAGCUAAUGACGGAACCAUGUGAAUGGCCCUGGAGCUAUGUGCCUUGCUCCUGUGGCCAGGAGGUUGGUGACUGAAUCAUUUACACAGGCUCUGAUGGACCCAUAAAAGCUCCCAGCUUCCUCAGGGGGUCAGCAGAGUUGUUAAGUCUUAAUUUUUUUUUAAUGUACAAGUUUUGUAUAAAUAAUAAAGAACUCCUUAUUUUGUAUUACAUAUAAUGCUUCAAGUUUGGUCUUGAAAAGCUGAUGUCUGUAGAAGAUGAACUCUGAAACAUUCCAGUAAUGCUGAGGCAGCAUGGAGAGCCUUAGUGAAGUGUCUACAGUAUUAUCGUGGAAGACUGAUCUUUCCUGUCAUUUGUAAAGUUGAAAUUGCUCCUCUUGUGACUUUUCUGCCAGUGACUUAUUUAUCUGAGCUUUACCUGGAAGUGGCAGUGGAAAGUGUGUGUUCAUUUUGGUGACUGUAACCAGUAUCAUCUUGGUAAACUAAUGUUUUGUACAAUUACUAAAUCGUAUACCUUUUAUUAUAGAGUACUUUUUUCUAGUUCUAGUAAAUUAUGAAAAGGAAGUUCAUACUGAUUAAGUGUAAGCAGCAGCCUUUUUUGUUUGGUUUUAUUAAGCUUGAGGCCUGGAAAUUUGCAGAUUCUGGCCGAAUGGCAAUCUAGUUCCUCCUAGGUCAUGUGAUCAUUAUCUGCCAUUCUCCAUUCUGUUCUCCAACUCUGCAACCUUAAUGGCAGGUUAGUUCUGAUAUCCACCAGAGUACCGCUUUUGGAUAUGAAGUUUGGGCGGGGUAGUUAAGGGGGAGAGGAAAUAAAGCUUGGAUAGACAAUAUGAAA